AUUUAUAAAAUGUUAAAUUAUAAUUUUAUUAGAUGUAUGGGUACUUUGUAACAACUGCGGCCAGCGGAGCCACCCUUAAAGCAAUAAGAUGUAGAUUAGUCAAAGAUUCCUUAAAGGAAUACUUAGUUUGCCUAAAAAGGCACUCAAUAGAAGUUUAUUCACUAGAAAAUAAUGAAAACAGGAAUGUAGACAAUGACCUCGACCAUUUCAACCCACCAGUGUUAAUUUCUGUUCUAAACGCAAGUAGUACAUUUGUUGAUUUUGUGGAAUACAGGCCGCCAUCAGAGUCUCAAACGCAUUUGUUAGUUUUAACCCGUAAUUUUACGCUCUUCCUACUCACAUAUCAUGACAAUCUCGCCAAGUUCACAUCUAAAACAGUUUCUUCUUUACAGGAACUUCACGGAAGACCCAACUAUGAAAAUAUAAUAUUUAAAGUGGAUUCUGGGUAUAACCUGUUGGUGUUUUAUGGAUAUAACAGAGUGUUAAAGUGCAUAGUACUGGACCCUAACAACUACUUUAACUUCUCAGACCUCGUUACCAUUAGGACAAAUGACACUAUUUUUGUGGAUUUCGAGUUUAUUUCCUCAGAAUACAUUGAAAAACCUGAUGCGUCAAAGUCAUCAAGUUCUCCGAGGAGGAGGAAUACAUCAACUGGUACCCCAACCAGAAGCUUUAGCGGCUCUAGCUCCAGCUCAGUUAGCAAAGAUAUCCAGUUUAAAUCGCCAACCAGGAACAGUUCAUUUCAUUUUCUGGAGUCAAAGUUGAUAAUUCUGGGAGAGGACAAUGCAUAUGGAAGUAAUAAAACGCCAGUCAGGUGGUUGUAUGGAAUGAAACUGAUGUUUGAAAUUGAGAUACUUAACGGUUGUAAAAGAUUCAAUUCAUAUAAUCACACCCCUCUGUUCGGUGAUCCAAUAAAACUACCAAUUCCCUAUAGCAAAUUCAUACCACUUAACUUGGUCAACAAGGCGAACAGGUAUGACAGUGUGAUGCUGUUGGGUCCAGGAUCAACGGGCUUUAUAAAUUUUAAGAGCCCUAGACAUGUAAAACAGUUUAAAAUCGACAACUCAAUAACAGAAAUAACUUGUUUCUGUAUGUAUAGAGAUAAUAAAUUCAUUUUCGGUGAUGAUAAUGGGGGAUUAUACCUGCUGAGACUUUCAGUUUCAACAAUGAGAAAAUCAGCAAAUACAGUUAAAAGAAGAGCAGUAUACACACCAGGAAUGAGUUCAAGUUCUAACACACUAAGUAGCUCUACUGUUUCUAGCCAACAAAGUAAUAGAAAUGUAAGUGGUGACGGAGAUUUCAUGAUAAAUGAAGUAAUGGCCAUAAGGCUUGGAAGCUUUCCAGUACCCUCAUCCUUAAUAAAGUUAGGUGAUCAUCAUAUUUUUUAUACAAGCAAAAUGGGAAACUCAUCUAUUAUAUCGAUUUACUCGAUUCUAAAUUCCAGAAACAAUGAAGAACAAACCCUUGAACAAGGUGACUUUAAGAGUUCUGAAUGGGCUCAGACGAAUCUGGGCCCGAUAACGGACUUUGCAUACAGAGAAGAGGCGUCUUCAGGAGAAAAUACAAUCUUGGCCUGUUGUGGGAUGGGGAAUUCAGCAUCCUUUUGUGAAAUUUACUUUGGGCUAUCAUCAGAGGUUAUCCACACAAGUGAUGUUCCCGGGGUCCAUGACUUGUUUUCAUUCCCAAUGAAGAGUCCAGACGAUUCAAGCUCUUCACUGCUUUGCAUAUCUUUCUUUAGGUUUACUAGAUUUUAUACGGUCAGUUUCUCAAAACCUGAUGUUUCUGAUCCUCCAGAGUUAAUUAGUAUUGAAUCAACACCACAGCCUGCUCAGAAUAGGAGAGUUAACGCUCGUAGAGUAAAUAAAAGACAAAAGGCAAGAACAGCACUGAUAAAUGCCCUGGAAAAUAAUCGAAGACCAAGUGAAAAUCCAAGUCAAGUAGUAAAUAAUCAUAAUAAUAGUCAAAGAAAUACUAAUACCAAUAGAACUGGGAAAAUAACAAAGUUUCAGAAUAACGCACUUUUAUGUAAUGAAAAGACGAUUUUGUUCACUAAGCUAAGAGACGGAAACAUACUACAAGUUACUCCAAAAAAUAUCAUUUUAGUUAAUGAUUCAUUUAAAUCUGUUAGAAGGGCUAAGAUAUCACAGAUUGUAACACUACCUGGGGACAAAUAUGCACUGUCUUCACUUGUUUGUAGCCCAUACAUUCUGUUGUUAAUGUCCACCAAUUGUAUAGUAGUAUUAGAGUAUGACUUCAAAAAUUUUAAUAGUAGGUGCCUUGACUUUACCGUGUCCGCUAUGGGCUGUAUAUCUAAAAACGAUUUACUCAACUCUGAUCUUGGUAUAUUUGCAAGCGGAGGAGGAUUAGUAGGUGUUAGUAGUUGGGCCAAUAAUAACAUGAUUUUAUUCCUUACAGUUAAGGAUCUAAAAGUCGUUUAUUCACACAAAGUAAACCUAGACUAUGAUGUGUAUGUGGUAAGUAUCAAAUUCGCAAAGAUUAAUAGUAAUGUAUACCUGCUGUUAAGCCUUUCAAACGGGUUUCUAUAUAUAUACCAACUAACAAGGGCAGAUAGAAGGAUAAAGAUGACACUAAGUAAUAAGUCUAAAUUAUCAUUCUGGUCAUUUAAAUUACUUGAAUUGAAGGUGGGUAGUGGUGAAGGAGAAGAUACUUGUGACCUUUCGAAGGUUAAUUUAAUUACGACUGGGCCUAAAUCCUAUGUUAUCCACCCCAAAAACGAGAAAAUAACUUAUACUAAAAUUAACAUCGAUAAUUUACACACAGUCACGAAUAUAGUUAACUUGGGAACUGUAGCAGAAAAGGAAAAAGAAGAAUUGUUGGUGAUAUAUGGUAACCACAAGAGUGUAGUCGUAGGUAGAUUGAAUUUGUUGAAUAAUUUCAAUGUACAAAAGAUAUUGAAAGGGUCAAACUUUAAUAAAGUUAUUUACGAUAGUAGGACUAAACUAGCAGUAAUAUCCACUAUUCCACAGUAUAUUAUUAACCCGAAUAAUCUAUAUACUUAUACACCAAGUAACUCACAAUCCACUGAUGUUCCAGGAUACUGUGAGACCCCUUCCACUAACACCCAAUCUCAACCUUCACCCUACAUAAGUCAACAUUCUAAUAAUUCACAGAACUCUAACUCUCAGUUGACGGAUUCAGACAACUUGUUAUUGUGUAUGAGUGAUGAUCAAAUUUUGAGUGGAACUGACACUAUAAAUGUACCCAGUGAGGCACUAUUGGUUGAUAUUGAAACUAAGGAAGUUGUGUAUAGACUAAAUAUGCCGCAGGGUCACUUAAUCUCAAGCAUGCACAAGUACACUCAUGAUGAUCUUGGAAAGGACUACAUACUUUUAGGAACAUCUAAGGUGUCUGAAGCAAACGAUGUCCCCACUGAAGGAUACUUAUAUUUCCUGGAAGUUUAUAAGGAAGCGGAUGCUUGCACAGUUGUAGUUAACAGAAAUGCCAUCCCUCUGGGGGGUGGAGUUGUUGAAAUUACUAAUUUGAACAAAUUCAUAGUAAUUGCUGUUAAUUCUAAUGUUAUGGUCAUUUCCCUUACAGCUUCUAACGAAAAUUCCAGCCCCAAUGACCCUUCCAGUUCAAGCGCUGUUAAUAACGGGAGUCACAGGCAAGGAACCAGAAGUAAACUUGAAUUGGUAGAUUUAAAGGAUUCUCGACUUUCGAUCCCAAAACAAGAUGAAACCACACUAUUCAUUGAUGUUGUUGCAAAUUAUGACUCCAACACCUUUGUAGUUUCACUGGACACUAAGGAUGACGUGAUUUUCGUUGGUGACCUUAUGACUUCAGUCAAGAUGCUAAAAUUCAGAGAUAACCGAUUAUUAGAAACAUGUAGAGAUUUCAAUACUCUGUGGACAACAUCACUGGCUGCCGUUGAUAACUCUUCAUGUCUGGUUUCUGACGAUUUAGGUAACUUUCUCCUUUUUAAAAAAGUUCAACACCCUACCACAGACCAGCAGUCCAUCAGAUUUGAUAAACAAGGGCUAUUUCACCACGGUGAGGUUGUAAACAAGAUACUAAAACGGACCCAAAUGUCAGUACAGCAUGUGGCUAACUCUCGUAUGUCAAGGAGUAACCCAAGAGAAUUUAUGGUUUCUAAUCGAGUAGUUUCUGAAAGUGAGAGUAAUAAUCCUUCUGAAACCUUAAAUGUUAACGAGUACACCAACUUGUUUAAGAGUUUCUUCACCUGUGCAACAACUUCUGGUAGUUUACUCCAGGUGUGCUUCUUCGACGAUUUGAACAUGUUCCUGAAGCUGUCGCUGCUAGAGCACACAAUGCAUCUGGUUCAAAAGGACCUUGGGAACAUCCCAAGUAGGAAUCAAAGGAAUUUUGAGGACCUACACUCGAACAUUCCCACCAAAGGGUUCGUUGAUGGGGACCUCGUUGAGGCUUUCCUAAAGCUCCCAGACUCUCUUAAAAAGUGGGUAUUUGAAACUAUGCUCAUUAACUCAAGGCACCUCGGAGUUAAGCUGAGCUCUCUCGAGUCUCUACUCUAUGAAGUUGAUCACAUUAAACACCUUCGACUUGAAUAAUCUUCUAAAUCCUCUA